CUCUUAAUAUGCAUUUCCAUUUGUUCGUCAAAAACUGAUAGUUUUGAGCAACACAAAGGAGGGCGAAAAAGCAUGAACCAGAAAGGUCGACCUUCAACGUCGUUAUGCUCCGGUUUCUCUUCCCAUCUACUCAAAUUCCCAUGCGUGUUACCUGCAACUCAACACUUGCUUUUACUUCAUUCGCCCCUUCACUUUUUACCAGGAGCGCCACUAACCAGCAUUUUUGCAGACCCCAAGUCCUCCAUUCCUUAAUCAACCCUUCUCUUCCUUCUCCAAUCCCAUUGGAAAAGUUGUUUUCUCACUAUAAAUCGUCUCAAUCUCAACUCUCCUCCCCGCCCUUUUCAGCUUCAAGUUUCGAGCUACGCGAGUCUUUGGUUACGCGGUACAGAGAUUCUCGUAGCUUAACCGAUGCUAAAGAGUUUCAUUUGCAGGUCCUGAAACAUGGGUUUAACGAGGAUUUGUACUUGUCCAACUCCGUCAUCAAUGUUUAUGUAAGAGCUGGUGAUUUAAUAUCUGCGCGAAAAGUGUUCGACGAAAUGCAUGAGAGGAAUCCGGUUACCUGGGCUUGCUUGAUCUCAGGGUACAACCAAAAUGGGAUGCCUAAUGAGGCGUGUGAGGUUUUUAAAGAGAUGAUUUCUUUGGGUGUUUGGCCUACUCAUUAUGCCUUUGGCAGUGUUCUUCGAGCUUGUCAGGAGCUCGGACCAUGUGGUCUUCAAUUUGGUUUGCAAAUUCACGGGAUGAUUUCGAAAUCUAAAUAUUCGUUUGAUGUAGUUGUUUGUAAUGUGAUGAUAUCAAUGUAUGGGAGUUGUUUGGGGUCCAUUGCCAAUGCACGUCGCAUUUUUGACGACAUACAGGUUAAGAAUUCAAUAUCUUGGAACAGUGUUAUAUCAGUUUAUUCACAAACUGGAGAUCCAGUGUCUGCAUUCAAGUUGUUCACGAGGAUGCAAACAGAGUGUAUAGGGUCCAGUUUCAAGCCUGAUGAAUAUACAUUUGGGAGUUUGAUAAUUGCCGCUUGUUCUUCCAUUAAUUUUGGUUUAUGUUUGCUCGAGCAAUUGCUUAGUACAAUUACAAAAUCUGGGUUUCUUUCAGAUCUCUAUGUAGGUAGUGCUUUGGUGAAUGGAUUUGCAAGUUUUGGUUUAACUAACAAUGCUACGAAGAUUUUUGGGCAAAUGAGUUCGAGAAAUGUAGUCUCUAUGAAUGGUUUGAUGGUUGGAUUAGUAAGGCAGAAAUGUGGUGAAGCAGCAGCUAAAGUUUUUAUGGAGAUGAUGAACUUGGUUGAUGUAAAUUUUGACUCUUACUCUAUAUUGUUAAGUUCUUUUUCCGAAUUUAGCGAGUUAGAACAUGGGAGAAGAAAAGGUAGAGAAGUUCACAGUUAUUUAAUUCGUAGGGGCUUAGAUGACACUGUGGUUCCACUUGGAAAUGGACUUAUUAAAAUGUAUGCUAGAUGUGGUGAUAUUACUGCUGCUACUUCUGUUUUUAGACUUAUGGUUAAUAAAGAUUUGGUCUCUUGGAAUACCAUGAUUUCUGGUCUUGACCAGAAUCAGUGUUUUGAAGAUGCUGUCUCAACCUUCUACGCAAUGAGAAGAACUGGAUUAAUGCCUUCGAAUUACACUGUAAUAAGUGCCCUGAGUUCAUGUGCAAGCUUGGGGUGGAGGAUAAACGGACAACAGAUACAUGGUGAAGCUCUAAAAUUGGGACUUGACGUGGAUGUUUCGGUCUCAAAUGCUCUUCUUGCAUUAUAUGCCACUAUUGGAGGUCCUCCUGAGUGCAAGAACAUUUUCUCCUUGAUGCUGGACCAUGAUCUAGUUUCAUGGAAUUCUGUGAUUGGAGCAUUAGCUGAUUCAGAGUCUUCAGUUCCAGAAGCAGUUAAAUGCUUUUUAGACAUGAUGUAUUACGGGUGGGUUCCCAACAAAAUAACCUUUAUAAACGUUCUUGUGGCAGCAUCAUCUCUUUCACUCAGCAAAUUGAACCAUCAGAUACAUGCUCUAGUAAUUAAACACUUUCUCGCAAAUGACAGAUCUAUCGAGAAUGCACUUUUGGCUUGUUAUGGAAAGUGCGGGGAGAUGGAUGAAUGCGAGAAGAUCUUUUCCAGGAUGUCUGAGAGAAGAGAUGAAGCUAGUUGGAAUUCCAUGAUUUCUGGGUUUAUACAUAAUGAGCUAUUGGACAAAGCUGUUCAUUUAGCCUGGUUUAUGAUGCAGAAGGGUCAAAAACUGGAUGGUUUCACUUUUGCCACUGUUCUAAGCGCCUGUGCUUCAGUCGCAACAUUAGAGCGUGGCAUGGAAGUUCAUGCUUGUUCUGUAAGAGCUUGUUUAGAAUCCGAUGUUGUGGUUGGAAGUGCAAUUAUUGACAUGUACUCAAAAUGUGGAAGGAUAGAUUAUGCUUCAAGAUUUUUCAACAUGAUGCCAGUAAGGAAUGUAUAUUCUUGGAAUUCUAUGAUAUCAGGCUAUGCUCGUCAUGGACAUGGAGACAAAGCUCUUGAGCUCUUUAUGCGUAUGAAGCUAGAUGGUCAAUUACCAGAUCAUGUAACCUUCGUCGGUGUUUUAUCAGCUUGUAGCCAUGUGGGAUUGGUUGAUGAAGGGUUUUCUCAUUUCAGCUCUAUGAAGGAAGUUUAUGGGUUGGCUCCCAAGAUGGAGCACUUUUCAUGUAUGGUGGAUCUCCUUGGCCGAGCUGGUGAACUUGACAAAAUAGAAGAUUUUAUAAAUACCAUGCCAAUGAAGCCUAAUGUUCUUAUUUGGAGGACAGUUUUAGGGGCUUGCUGCCGAACCAAUGGCCAAAAGACAGAGUUGGGUCGGAAGGCUGCUGAGAUGCUCUUUGAAUUGGAACCUCAAAAUGCAGCGAACUAUGUCCUCCUUGCCAACAUGUAUGCUUCUGGGGGGAACUGGGAUGGUGUAGCAGAGGCCAGGGUGGCAAUGAAAAAGGCAGCCGCAAAGAAAGAAGCCGGUUGUAGUUGGGUCAAGAUGAAAGAUGGCGUCCAUGUAUUUGUGGCUGGUGAUAAAUCACACCCGGAUAAUGAUAUGAUCUAUGCAAAACUCAAGGAACUUAACAGAAAAAUGAGGGAUGCCGGAUACGUGCCGGAGACAAGAUUUGCGUUGUAUGACUUGGAAGUAGAGAGUAAAGAGGAAAUCCUGAGCUACCAUAGUGAGAAACUGGCAGUGGCAUUUGUUCUCACACGCGAUUCCAGAUUACCGAUUAGGAUAAUGAAAAACCUUCGUGUUUGUGGUGAUUGCCACAUGGCAUUCAAGUAUAUAUCGAAGAUUGUUGGUAGGGUAAUUAUACUACGGGACUCAAACAGAUUUCAUCAUUUUGAUGAGGGUAAGUGUUCAUGUGGAGAUUACUGGUAACUGACUUGGGAAUUGCAUGCAACACUUGGGGUGAAUCUGAGGAAUAUCAUCAACUCCUGAGGUUGAAAUCUGACUAUUGCUUGGCUCACAGCGGGGUUCAGUAUGCUCUACUCCAUUCCAAUACAUAACAUGGUUUGGUGAUUUGGCAGCUGUUGACUAGUAAAUGCUCACCCCCUUCCAAUUAUUUUUCUUCAAUCGGAAUAAAUACUGGGAUAAAAAUUUAGAAAAAAAACUGAGUUUGCCCACAGUCUCACACUAACAUUUGGAAUUCAUAUUCAGCGUCGCAGAGAAUUAAGUACUGAUGUUAAGAUUCUUGGAAUUUUGAACAAUGUCAAUCAAUAUUACAUGUGGGUAAUAUACAAGUUGUUUUGUAUCAUUCUUCAGCUAUAUCAGGUUUCUGGUUUUUUUUUUCUUUAA